AUGGUGGAAGUUAGCAGGGGUUAUGAAGAUGAAAUGAGAAAAUUUCUUGUACCAGCAAACAGAUAUACACCUUUGAAAGAGAACUGGAUGAAAUUUUUUACACCUAUUGUAGAACACUUGCAGCUUCAAAUUAGGUUCAACUUAAAAACAAGGAAUGUAGAGAUAAAGACUUGUAAAGAAACCAAGGAUAUAGGUGCUCUGACAAAAGCAGCUGAUUUUGUGAAAGCUUUUAUAGUUGGAUUUCAAGUAGAGGAUGCACUUGCUCUCAUCAGAUUAGAUGACCUCUUCCUAGAAUCUUUUGAAGUAACAGAUGUUAAACCUUUAAAAGGAGAUAAUCUCUCUAGAGCAAUAGGAAGAAUUGCUGGGAAAGAUGGAAAAACAAAAUUCACUAUUGAAAAUGUGACAAGGACACGGAUAGUUCUUGCAGAUUCGAAGGUUCAUAUUUUAGGGUCUUUCCAAAACAUUAAAAUGGCACGAACAGCAAUUUGCAUCCUCAUCUUAGGAAGUCCUCCAUCGAAGGUUUAUGGCAAUAUUAGAGCAGUGGCCAGCAGAGCAGCUGAAUGGUUUUAAGACCAAGAAUUCUAAUUUGGAAAUGGGUUUCUACACAAGACGGAGGAAGUGACUUGUACACGGAAGCAAAGCCACAAUAAUAAACUGAGAACUUUGUGCAGAGAAGAGCUGCUGUAGCAGUGUUCAGUCAGGCACUGCCUGAUCUUUGGGCAUAUUUAAGAACCUAAAA